CGGCCUUCCUCUGCCGAUUAACGCAAGCCGCCAUGAAGAGCGCACUCAUCGCCGCGACGCUCGCCGUCGCGCCUGCGCUCACGAUGUACGUCGACCCCGCGAAGCUGGACGCCUGUGCAGGGUACGACGCGUCGAACGUCUACUCUGACGGCACGAAGCUCACCGCGACGCUCAACGUCGCGGGAGACUGCGGCGUCUUUGGCGAGGACAUCUCCGAGCUCGCGCUCGAGGUCACGUAUGAGACCACGACGCGUCUGCACGUCAAGAUCUCCGACGCGGCUCACCCACGGUAUGAGGUGCCCGAUGUCGUCGUCCCUCGCCCGACCAUCGGCGAGGGCGCGAGCCAGGACAACUCCGAGAUCCAGUUCAACUAUACGGAGUCUCCGUUCUCCUUCACUGUCUACCGCACCAACACUUCUGAGGUCCUCUUCUCCACGGCCUCACACCCCAUCAUCUUCGAGGACCAGUACCUCCGCCUCAAGACAAGCCUCCCGGAGAAUGCGAACAUCUACGGCCUCGGCGAGCACACGAACAGCUUCCGCCUGGAUAACCACAACACCACGCUGACCAUGUUCAACCGCGAUGCUUACGGUGUUCCCAACGCCACCAACCUCUACGGAGCCCACCCCAUCUACCAGGAGCACCGCGAGACCGGCACGCACGGUGUCCUGCUGCUCAACUCCAAUGGCAUGGACAUCAAGCUCAACCAGACUGAUGGUCAAGAGUCUACACUCGAGUACAACGUCAUUGGUGGCAUUCUUGACCUCUACUUCUUUUCCGGAAGCGAAAGCGACCCCGCCGCGGUUGCUCGUCAGUAUGCCGAGCUUGUCGGUCUGCCUGCCGAGUACCCCUACUGGGGCUAUGGCCUGCACCAGUGCCGCUACGGGUACACUGACUUUGUUGAUGUUGCCUCGGUCAUCUCGAACUACUCCGCUGCCGGUAUCCCUCUCGAGACGAUGUGGACGGACAUUGACUACAUGUACAAGCGCCGCACGUUCAGCUUGGACCCGGACUACUUCCCUCUGGACCGGAUGCAGGAGAUCAUUGACUACCUUCAUGAACACGAGCAGCAGUACAUCUUGAUGACUGACCCGGCUGUCGCGUACGCGCCCGACUCGAACUACGAGGCGUAUGACCUUGGCGUGGAGAUGGAUAUCUUCCUCAAGGCAGCCAAUGGCAGCGAUUUCCUCGGUCUGGUCUGGCCGGGUGUCACUGUCUACCCUGACUGGUUCAACGAGAAGACCCUGGAGUACUGGACGCAUAUGUACACUACCUUCUACAACAAGGAUACUGGCCUGGACAUUGAUGGUGCUUGGAUCGACAUGAAUGAACCUGCCAGCUUCUUCGACCUGACCCUCAACACCAGCAUCUGGCAGCAGGAGAAGGACCAGAACCUGCCUCCCAACCGCACCACCGUCGCCCCCGACUACGACACGCCCAUCUUCGGCAACGACGCCAACUCGACUGUCAGCGCCAACGUCUCCAUCAGCCUCCGCCGCCGCGACAUCAUGGACCCGCCGUACAAGAUCGAUAACAAGCAGGGCGCGCUCUCUGCGAACACCGCGUUCGCGAACGCCAAGCACGCCAAUGGCCUCGUUGAGUACAACACGCACAACCUGUACGGCGCGAUGAUGAAUAACGCAACCCGGCACGCGAUGCUGGCGCGCAGGCCUGGCCUGCGCCCGCUCAUCAUCACACGGUCGACUUUUGUGGGCUCGGGCCAUCUGGUGGGCAAGUGGCUCGGCGACAACUUGAGCACUUGGGUGCACUACCGGAACUCGAUCGCGGGUAUUCUUGGUAUGGCCAGUGUGUACCAGGUCCCCAUGGUCGGCGCGGAUAUUUGUGGCUUUGGUGGCAACACCACUGAGACCCUGUGCGCGCGUUGGGCUAUGCUCGGCGCGUUCUAUCCCUUCAUGCGUAACCACAACGGUGACACUAGCAUCAGCCAGGAGUACUACCUCUGGGAUACUGUCGCUGAAGCCGCCAAGGGCGCUAUCGAGACCCGCUUCCGCCUCCUCGACUACAUCUACACCGCCAUGCACAAGCAGCACGUCGACGGCACGCCGCUCAUCGCCCCGCUCUGGCACGCCUAUCCCAAGGACACGAACACCUACCCCAUUGACACGCAGUUCCUCUUCGGCCCCUCCGUCAUCGUCUCCCCGGUCAUCGAGGAGAACUCGACGACGGUGACCGCGUAUCUCCCCGACGACGUCCUCUACGACUGGCAGACCCUGUCCGUUGUGCAGGGCCAGGGCACGAACGUCACGCUGAACGCGAGCUUCACGGAAAUACCGGUGCACAUCCGCGGUGGCGCCGUCUUGCCCCUGCGCGUGUCGGGCGCCAACACGACCGCCGCCCUCCGCCGCACGGACUUCGAGCUCGUCGUCGCGCCGGGCAACGACGGCUCUGCUUCUGGCAGCCUGUACGUCGACGAUGGCGUCAGCGUCGAGCAGGAGAGCACGACGGAGGUCGACUUCGUCUACGUGAACGGCACGCUGACCGUGGAUGGCAAGUUCGACUACGAUGUUGGCGUGCAGCUUCGGCGUGUGCGCUUCCUCGGCGUCGGUGAGCAGCCGAAGAACGUCACGCUCGAUGGGGAGGAGGUGCAGGACGUGACCUUCAAUGCGACGACUGGGGUGCUCGACGUCCCGGUCGGGCGCGACUUCAGCGCUGGCUUCACGGUGGUGUUGGCGUAGGGUGGUAGUGCACAUGGGAUCUUGGACCACUGAGUGAAUAACAAGUACUGAACUGACGAUCUAGUAAUGCGCACGAUGUAGUUACUUAUUGCUUACCCUAUUUCCUCUGGCUUAUGCAAGGCGUAUCCUAUUGGGAUCUGUUCGACUGGCAAGGCUUAUGAUUUGAACCGUGACACGCAGUAUUCUAAUCGUCUGUCACACCGCUCGGGAUGUACCGAGCCUUAUCUGUACCUUGUCCUCGUCCAUGAACCUGAAAUUGGCUCCAGG